AAACAAAGUCUUUUUCCAACGAAAACUAACUUAUAAGGUUCUAUAACAUAAAAAAACUUGCAUGUAACAUAUCUUUUAGCAAUUACUCGUCAAUUUUAUGCCUGUAAUCUUGAUUUUAUAUUUUCUUUAGUUCUACUUCGGCUUCGUUCCUACUCAGAGGGUAAGAACUAUUUACUGAGCAAGUACUACUUGCGGUUCGUAGUCAACUGGCAUGCAUUUUUUUCAUGUUUCGUGUUGCCAUUUUUUAUUUCUAAUUAUUGAACAGUGAACUAUUCUAGUUCCCUUAAACGUUGUGAAAAUUCCCGAUGUCGGUCACAAAAUAUGAAGAGCAACAGGACUAUCCCGACUUGUAUAUCAACGAACACGAGCUUACAGAAGCUACUCGUGAUGGUUUCCGGAAUCUCUUUUUAUCGAAUGAUCCUUCAAAGAAACUACUGUUGUCGGAAAAGCUAAUUCAAAAUCUACAAGAAUUUCAGGCUCAACCAUUAUUACUAGAUAAGGUUAUUGGCGAAUUUCUACCAGAGCUGAAUUCCCGCUUUCUUCAUCCAACAGAGCGACUCAUUUCAUGUAGUUUAUUUUACGAACUCUGUAAAAUCAAGGGCUACAAAACAUUACUCCUGUCUUUUGUUACAGACAUAUCGCUAAUUGAACGUCUCGUUGAUGAACUAUCUAAUGACGAAUGUGAAAGUUGGAAAGUACAUUAUACUUACUUGUUAUGGUUAUCCCAGGUAAUUCAAGCUCCCUUUCCUCUUAAAACACUUGAGCAAAAACCAAACCUUGAAGUACGAGUUCUAAAUUUACUCAUCUCAUUUCUCAAAUUGCCAGGGAAAAACCGUGAUGCUUCUGUCGUCGCUCUAGGGCGCUUUCUUUCACGCUCAGACACUGUUCAGCUUCUUCCACAGUUCAUUCAUUACGCCAUUUCUCUUUUGAAUGGUUCAAAGCAAACAGAUUACUCCAUUCUUGGAUGUUUGGAAACUGUCGCACAGUUUUUAAAAUUCGUUGAACGUUCUGUAUUUUUACCGUUUGAAGAUUUGAUUUUUCGCUUUCUAAGGCUUUAUAAAAAGUUCAUCACCCCAGAAGAUACUUUGUUACAAAAAUUUGCUUGCAAGGCCGCUUAUCGAUUCGCACUAUUGUUGCUUCCUUUAAAGUCUUCAGAACAAUGGCGAUUUAGUAAGUAUGCGCUCUCCAAUUUCGAGCAGUAUCCAGAGGAUAAUAAUGUGGAAGUUCACGAAGACGUGGAAUACUCUGUUGACAUUCUGCUUGACAGUAUUACACAUAAGGAUACUGUUGUUAGGUGGUCUGCUGCUAAGGGUUUAGCCAGAAUUGUUGAAAGGCUUCCCUGGUUUUUUGCUGAACAGGUUAUGGACGCAGUUUUUGAUAUUUUGAUGGAAAAUGCAUUCCGAGAUCCGGUAACGAAUGAAUGGAAUUUAACCGUAACCAACCCGAACAGCUGGCAUGGGGCCGUUUUAUGUUUUUCAGAAUUGGCAUCUCACGGUCUUUUGAAGAAAAGGACGCUCGACAAGCUUGUUCCGCUUAUGCUAUUAUCUCUUGUCUACGAAGUCAGAAACGGAACAAAGGUUUCUGGAAGUAACGUCCGCGACGCCGCUGAUUAUUUUGUGUGGUCUCUGUACCGUGUUUAUACAGAAAAAGAACUUGCAAGCUAUACAGAAGAAUUAGCUAUUCAAGUUGCGCUUACGGCACUUUUUGACCGUGAACUCAAUGUCAGAAGAGCAUCAAGCGCCGCGUUUCAGGAGAUGACCGGUAGAAACACAUGCGUCCCCUAUGGAGUUCACCUAGUUAGUACACUUGGGUUCUAUGCAGUAACAGACAGAACGGCUUGCUUUACAAAAAUAUCUGUUGAAGUUGCACAAUAUGAUUCAUAUUGUUUGCCAAUAAUUAAUAGACUUAUAGAUAAGCUUCAUUAUUGGGAUGCCGAAAUUCGUUCCUUAGCUGUUCAAGCGCUUGCAGCUCUUGCUUGUGUUUACCCGCAUGAAAUCUUGCCAAAAGUUCAAACAUUGAUAGAAAGGUUAUCAACUUCACAAUUGGGCCAUAUUCAUGGUGAUUUAUUGGCUCUAUGUGCCAUUUAUCAGGCAGUAGAAUCCACGAACAAAACUUUGCUUGAGAAAUCAUACACUCAAUUUUUAUACAAUUAUGAACAAUACCUUCCUGUUACGCUAUUUCAUGAAUUUCAAGGAUUUGAGCUCUCUUCAAUUUUACUUUCAUUCAUAAGCUGCGUCUGCAAGAAUGCUGCACCUCCGGACAAUGACUUUUUAGAAAGGAGUUUGUCUCAUUUAUCAGCUGCAAUUUCGCUACAAGAUGAAAUGUUACACUCAAAAAUUGCCGAAACUUUUGCUUUACUUUACCAAUAUGAACAUAUCGCAGUAAAAACUAGCGUAUUUCUGAAGACCCUGAAUACUUCGUCUUUAUUAAGCACACAGCUUUGCUAUGUUUUGAUGUUUGCUGCAGUCAAAUGGAAGGAGUCGCAGUAUUAUGUUCCUGUAUUUCAAGCUUUGAGUACGCUUUAUACUGAUAAAAAAACAUGUAUCGAAUUACAGAAAGAGGUUUCCCUCUUCUGUUAUAAUUCCGUGGAUUAUGUUCUUCAAAAUCUUGAGGAGAACUAUUUGGAUACAUUCGUAUCUCUGGUUUUUAAUUUUGGUAAUAAUUACCAUAUUGAUUCACGCGGUGAUACAGGCUCUUGGGUUCGACAAUACGCAGUUCAAGCAAUUGCGGUCUUGCUUUUGGGCGAUGCAGAAGUGAAGCGACUUAAAGAAAGCCAAAUACGCACUUCCCUCUCAUUACUUGUUCGUCUUCGCUUCGAUCGUAUAGACAAAAUACGAGUUUCAGCUAAUGAUGCUCUUGUGAAUUCACGCAAUCAUUACUUGAUUAAAGGUGACAAGCCACUCUGUGAUGUGCUGGAAAGUUUUUCUUCUACGACAUGGGCUGCCUCAAAUUAUGUUAGCAAGACAACCAUUAAUCUUUUGAAUGUUCCGUCAAUGUUUGACUCGGCCUUUCAUGGCCUUGUUCUGCUUUUAUGUGAUGGGUUCGGAAAUGAAGUCGUUACAUCAGCAUACUCUAACUUUCUUCUGUAUCUCGAUUUGCUUCCUGUCAGUAAAUCUUCUUCAGAAUUUACUGCGCUGGAAGACAUAUUCGACUUUCUUGAACAUUUUAUCUCGAAUGCUGCCACCGAAGUUCCUCUUUGGGUUUCUUCUGUGCGGUUACUCACUUCUUUAUUAGUUCGAGGCUAUUUCCUUAAUUUUAUUUCCCCUAAACGCCUUUUGUUAAUUAGUUUUCAUGCACAGAGGCGUGUUAAGCAAUUUAAGAGUUUCUCGACCUUACAGUAUAUUCUUAGACUUUACCAAUCCACUCUUCUCGUACAGCAUGAAAAAGUGUGGGUGCAAGUGAUGAAAUACAUUACAAACUUACUUGUUCAUCCUAUGCUAAAGCUUCGUCUUCAUGUAGCUGAAUGUCUCCUUUACGGCCUACAGCAACCACAUGCUAUUCCUCUUCCGUCAUCAAUUUAUGAACAGCUCCUCACAACAGAUUGGCUUUCAAAUACUCCUGCUCAUAUUAAGCUGAUUCAAAGUCUGAAGGAUCAGUGGCAGCGGAAAGUAAAGACAUAAGUAGUUUACAGGUGAAAAAGAAGGCUCAUAGAUCACCUAUUCUAAUGUAUAAUGUGUCAAAUAAUUAAGGUUUAAACAGCUUAAGGGUUUUAAAUUUCCAUACCAAGUUCGUUUAAGAAGAUUGGUUCGAGCCGGUCCCUAGAAUCGUUUUCAAGCAUUAAAUGGGGGACUAACUCGUUUAAGUCUUUAAGCGGUUUCACUGCAUCGACAAACAUUUCUUCAUGGUCUAUCGAACAACUAGGAUCCCAAAGAUAACCAUUUGUUUCAAGAAACAGAAAGGAACCGCCUCCAAAUGAAGCUUGUAGGACGGGCUUUGGGUUGUUUGAUUCUUUGCUUUGCACGGAAUUUUCUUCACAAGUCGCUGCUUUACGUAAAAGCACUUUCAGCGAUCCCGUUUUUCUUUCCUUUGACUUCGUGUGCUUUGAAGGUACCCAUUCAUCUGGAGCUUGUCGUUUUUUUUGAUUUUUAGAGCUCACUGCUGGAGACUUGCGAGUUGGUAUACUUUUAGAAUUCGAACAGUAGAAUACAUGAGCAUUUAUUCCUGAUCUGGCGU